AUGUCUCUAAUUCAGUCCCUCAGCGAAGCCCCAAAGAAGCUCUCGCAGUGGCUAGGCCUGACGAAUGCGCCUAUCUACAUGGAUUUACAGGCAACAACUCAGACAGACCCCAGAGUUCUAAAGUCAAUGCUUCCCUUUUUCAAGGAGAAAUUUGGAAACCCCCACAGCAGAACCCACUCUUUCGGGUGGGAUGCUGAGAGUGCCGUUGAAAAGGCAAGGCACGAAGUUGCCUCCCUGAUCCGAGCAGAUCCCAAGGAGAUUAUAUUCACAAGCGGAGCCACGGAAAGCAACAAUCUAGCGAUAAAGGGAAUUGCCAGAUAUAUGCGGCAGAACAUGCAGGGAGUCCCCCACAUAAUCACAUCGCAGGCCGAGCACAAAAGCGUCCUGGAUACGUGCCGGGAUCUGGAGGAGGAGGGAUUCAGCGUCACAUACUUGCCCGUUGCACAGAAUGGGGCAAUUCUGGCCUCUGACCUGAAGAAAGCCAUUCGCCCAGAAACUGUUUUAGCAAGUAUUAUGGCCGUUAAUAACGAAGUCGGAGCAAUUUCUCCCCUCCAUGAGAUAGGCCGAAUAUGCAAGGAAAACAGCGUAUUCUUCCACUCAGAUGCUGCACAAGCCGCAGGGAAAGUGCCUAUCGACGUGAAUGCGAUGAAUAUCUCCCUCCUCAGCCUGUCAGCGCACAAGAUGUACGGGCCCAUGGGAAUUGGAGCCCUUUUCGUGAGCAGAAGCCGCCCAAGACCGCGUCUCCAGGGACUUUUCAGCGGGGGAGGCCAGGAGAGAGGAAUGCGAAGUGGGACUCUUCCUACGCCCUUGAUCGUCGGAUUGGGGCGAGCAUGCGCCCUUUCAGAGGCGGAAAUGACCGCUGAAAGUGCAAGAAUCCGGGACCUUUCGCAGUAUUUCCUGCAGGAGUUGCGCAAGGGAGUUCCCGACUUAAAGAGAAACGGGGGAGAUUCUGCCUUUCCUGGGUGCGUAAAUGUCUCUUUCCCGUACGUGGAGGGAGAGUCUCUUUUGAUGGCUCUUCCUGGGAUUGCAGUGAGCAGUGGAAGUGCAUGCACGAGUGCGUCUUUGGAGCCUUCCUACGUCCUGAAGGCGAUGGGCGUGGGGGAGGAUCUGGCGCAUUCUUCCCUUCGCUUUGGAAUUGGGCGAUUUACAACGCGGGCGCAGGUAAAGUCCGUUGCAAAGCAGGUCGUUCAGAAGGUGAAGAGACUCCGGGAUCUUUCUCCCCUCUUUGAGAUGGCGCAGGAGGGGAUAGACCUGAACACGAUCAACUGGAAUGCACACUGA